AUGGCUUUGGGCUUGGGUUCCUGCCUGUGGCGUGUUUCCGCCUCUAUAAUUCUUCUCAUCGCUACCUCAGCCACAGCAGAGACUAUCGAUGAUGGCAAGCUGUUCACAGUCAAUGGGAUCAGCUAUUAUGGUGGAGGCACAGCUGUCUCCAAAAUUGUGACCUCUGCAGACUUCAAUGCCACCCAAUUCAGCGCGGAUAUUGUUCCUAUUACUAUUAUUCGAACGGGUGAUGCGGUUUUCACAGAGUCCCUCUUAAAAGAUACUAUCUCAAAUUAUUCCGCCUCCGAUGAUGUGUUUCAGACUGGCUUCCUUCAGUCCGUGUUUCUGCUCUACGACGGAGACGGUCGGAGCAAAGCUGAUGCCUCAAGCCACCAAACUCUACAAAAGCUUGGAAGCAAGGUCAUACUGGCCUCACCUCCCUAUAAGCCCGAAGCGCAUCUUACACCUGCCAAGCUGUCGCAUGACCUACCCAAGGGACCUUACUUCUUUUCUCCCCAAACUGGAGAGGUUUAUCAAGCUUUCCGUCUCUAUUCCGACCACCAAGUUGCUUUCACUGAAGCUGCCCUGAGUGACGGCAAGGGGGGAUUCAAGCCUCUGCCAGCAGCGGCAUCGGGAGCAAUGACCAAGAGUGUGGCUGUUCCAUCUCGGCUUUACUAUACACCCACUUCCAAGAAGCCACUUGCAGGAUUACGUUUGGGUGUCAAGGAUAUUUACCACAUCAAGGGACUCCGGACUAGUGCGGGUAACAGAGCCUACUAUGAUCUGUACUCGCCGCAAAAUGCUACGGGUCCCGCAAUUCAACGCUUGAUCGAUCAAGGUGCUAUAAUGGUUGGAAAGAUGGGUACUGUUCAAUUUGCGAACGGUGACAACCCCACUGCUGAUUGGGUCGACUUCCACUGUCCCUUCAACCCGAGAGGUGAUGGCUACCAGGCUCCUGGCGGCUCAUCGUCAGGGCCAGGCGCCGGUAUUGGUUCUUACGGCUGGCUAGAUAUCGCUGUGGGAAGUGACACCGGUGGUUCCAUGCGCAGCCCCGGAGGCAUGCAAGGACUUUUCGCCAACCGUCCUUCUACCGGCGCAGUCUCUUUGGAUGAUGUUAUCCCCUUGUGCCACGCACUCGACACAGCUGGUGUCUUCUCGCGCGAUGCCGCGACUUGGUCCAAGGUCAUUCAUGCUUGGUACCAGAACUUCACCGACUACAAGCAAUAUCCCAAGAAGAUAUUUCACCAGGACUCUUCAUUCCCCGCCGUAAACACCUCGGCUGGUGCAAUGCUCGAAGAUUUUGUUGUCAAGGUUGAGGAUUUCCUCUCCACAAAACGUGAGCAUGUGAACAUUUCUUCGCAAUGGGAGAAGACCCGUCCUGAAACAACACCUGCCGGUAUCAAUGACGUUUUGAAUACAACAUACGCAUUCCUGACCUCCGUUGACCAAUACCGUUCCCUUGCACAGCCAUUCUACGAAGACUACGCAAAGAAGCACCAAGGUCGCCGACCCUUCAUCAACCCAGGGCCUCUAGCCCGCUGGACUUGGGGCCAGAGCAAUGGUGGCAAUGCCGCCUUUGACGAAGCGAUGAAGAACAAGACCAUUUUCAAAAACUGGUGGGAAACCGAAGGAUACGGCAAGGCAGACAAGGAGACUUGUUCCGAGGGAAUCUACCUCUACCCUUAUACAAAGGGAGACACACAGUACCGUAAUGUCUAUUUUAGUGCCCCGACCGCACCCCCUCUGGGCUUCUCGAAUGGCCGUAUCGCUGUCCUGGCAGGGACCCCUGAUAUGGUCGUUCCUGUUGGUGAAGUUGCUUAUAACUCUACUAUUUCGCUUAAAGAAGAGUACAUGCCUGUUACUAUGAGCUUCGGUGCUGCCAGGGGCUGUGACUUUAUGUUGGUGAACCUCAUUGAGGAUCUCCAGAAAGCUGGCAUUGUGCGGCCUGUCAGUACUGGGUCCAUGAUGUAUCCUUCCUAG